GCGGUCCCAGGUCCGCACGGCGGGAGCGUCCCCGCACCUGCGAUCCCGUAUGCGCGGCGCCCAGAGCAGCGCUGCCGCUGCGGAGCCCUAAGCAAAGCCGAGCCCCCCCCCGCCGCCCCUGGGGGGCUGCUGGCGGGCCAUGGCGGUGGCAGGCACCGAGCUGCCCGGCGGCAACGUCAGCGCCAACCAGAGCGCCGCCGACCCCACGGUGUCGCGGGACGUGUGGAUGGUGGGCAUGGGGAUCCUCAUGUCGGUGAUCGUGCUGGCCAUCGUCUUCGGCAACGUGCUGGUGAUCACUGCCAUCGCCCGGUUCCAGCGCCUGCAGACUGUCACCAACUACUUCAUCACCUCGCUGGCCUGCGCUGACCUGGUGAUGGGGCUGGGCGUGGUGCCCUUCGGCGCCUUCCACAUCAUCAUGGAGAUGUGGCAGUUUGGGAACUUCUGGUGUGAGUUCUGGACCGCCUUGGAUGUGCUCUGUGUCACAGCCAGCAUUGAGACCCUCUGUGUCAUUGCUGUGGACCGGUACUUCGCCAUCACCUCCCCUUUCAAGUACCAGAGCCUGCUGACUAAGAGCAAGGCACGCGGGGUCGUCCUCGUCGUGUGGGUGGUCUCAGCCCUCACCUCCUUCUUGCCCAUCCAAAUGCACUGGUACCGGGCAGACCAUGCAGAGGCCAUCCGGUGCUAUGAGAAGGACACAUGUUGUGACUUUUUCACCAACCAAGCCUAUGCCAUUGCCUCCUCCAUCAUCUCCUUCUACCUGCCACUCAUCAUCAUGGUAUUUGUGUAUGCCAGGGUCUUCCAGGUGGCCAAGAAGCAGUUGCAGAAGAUAGAUAGGAGCGAGGGGAGAUUUCACACCCAGAACAAGGAGCAGGAGCAGAAAGGGGGAGCCGGGUACCGCCGUGCCUCCAAGUUCUUGAAGGAGCACAAGGCCCUCAAGACCCUGGGCAUCAUCAUGGGCACCUUCACGCUGUGCUGGCUGCCCUUCUUCAUUGUCAACAUCGUGCACGUCAUCCAGGACAACAUCAUUCCCAAGUACUUGUACAUCCUCUUGAACUGGCUGGGCUAUAUCAACUCUGCCUUCAACCCUUUGAUCUACUGCCGGAGCCCGGACUUCAGGUACGCCUUCCAGGAGCUCCUGUGCUUCCGCAGGUCUGCCCUGAAGAUGUAUGCCAAUGGCUACUCCAACAGCAACGGCAGGGGAGACUACAAUGAGGAGGAAAACGGCUACCCCCUGGCACCGGAUAAAACCUGCGACUUGCUCUGUGAAGAGGGUUCCUUCCCUCACCCCGAGGACUUUUUGCACUGCAAAGAGAUCCCUGGGUGUCCAGGAAUGGUGAAGAGCUGAAUGGACCAACCUCUCUUCCUCACCAUCCUGAGCUCAUGAGGGCUCUGAAGAGAUUGAGUGGGAGCACAGCCUUGCUUCCCUGAGCCUGGGGAUGCUGUGGGAAGUGAUUGCCUUGGCAAAUGUCUUCAUCCUAACCCAUAGCCCAUCGUGCAUCACCUGAAGAAGAAGCUGGUGAAAGAUAACCAGGGGACCAGGAAAGGCUCUGCUAGCCUUGGAGGACACCACUGGGGGACUGGCACUACGAGAGGCACUUUGCAGGAGUCACUGCUUGUGGAACCAGCUCUGGAAAGAGGCUACAGGAGCCCUGUGAACUGAAGGAGAGGAAUGUCUAAAUCAUGAUAAAAGGCGCAGAGAGGUUUCCUGGGCACAGUAACCUUGGAAAGCACUUUCAAAAGGGGAGUACCAGGACCACGUGGUCAUCUCCAGUGUCUGAUUUGGAAGAGGCACAGCAAGGUCACUGCCUAAUGGUCAGGUCAGGAGACCAGCAGGAUGCCUGUUUGUGUGCUGGUUGGGGAUCCAGAUGAAACAGGAAUCUGUCCAAGACCAAGAGAGAAGGAGUAUGGAAGAUUGCAUUGACUUAUUCUGUGCUUGUUUCUCCUUCUGGUGUCUUCUCUGUCUACCUCUUCUUCUCUGUAGGCCCAUAUACAUCAUGUGGGGCCCAGACUCUCACAAACAAGCAGAAGGAUUGGCACAGGGUAAAUCCUGCCUAGUGCAGAUGCAAUGUGGCCUUUGUUUGCUCCUUGUGCCAACAAAUGUGCAACUGUCAUGCCUGGACUUCAGACAGGAGAAAGGCUGGAACCUGGCAGUCGUUUCACUUGCAAGCAGUCACAUUCUAGCAUGACCAGCCACCCUUGGGAGCCAAGUUGUAACACCUGAGCCUCAAAACAUCACAGAGCAUCUGUCCCUCUCCUACAGCUGUGGGAAGGAGUAUAUGGACAGGCUGCACACUCAGCUCCUGCUUCUUGGAUUGGGAAAAACUCAUUAAGCAGUGAAAGAGACAGACGUGGAGGGAGUGACAGACCUCAGGCAGAAAACAGUAGGAAAAACUGACUCAAAACCAUAGGAAAAUGUGCACCUUUGACUUGCAGGUGGUGCCCCAGCUGUGGACUGUCAUGCCCAGCUGGGCAGCUGCAAAUGUCUGGUCACUGAGCUGCUCCCAGAGACCUGGGCAAAACAUGCUGGUACCAAACUGUGCGGGAGCCCCAUCUCAGACCUUCUCUCUUGGGCUUCCAGCUGCAAACUCCUUCUCUCAUGUGCAAUUGUAUUUAUUUAUUUAUUUUCUUGCUGCUUGAUGUGAAGCUGCUAAAUGAGCCGCCUCCCCACAAACACCCUCAGCCAAGAGAGGAUGGAGGGAGGGGGUGUGAGGUGUGUCUGUGCAAGGGGACUGGGCAGAGGGGCAGGAGAGAGGGACACCUCCCAGGAGCAACCUUCUAGUGGAAGCUGUCCUUGCCCAUGGUGGAGAGGUUGGACUAGAUGAUCUUUAA